GAAGUUGUGACCAUGUCUGGAAGAGGAAAGGGCGGUGGGAAAGGUCGCGCCAAGGCGAAGUCUCGGUCGUCCCGGGCUGGCCUGCAGUUCCCGGUGGGCCGUGUUCACAGGCUCCUGAGAAAGGGUAACUAUGCUGAGCGUGUGGGUGCCGGAGCGCCGGUCUAUCUGGCUGCGGUGCUGGAGUAUCUGACGGCUGAAAUCCUGGAGCUGGCCGGGAACGCGGCCCGGGACAACAAGAAGACCCGCAUCAUCCCCAGGCACCUGCAGCUGGCCGUGCGCAACGACGAGGAGCUCAACAAGCUGCUGGGAGGGGUGACCAUCGCUCAGGGCGGGGUGCUGCCUAAUAUCCAGGCCGUGCUGCUGCCCAAGAAAACUUCCGCUACUGGAUCUGCUAAAAAGUGAAGAGACCAUUCUUGAAUCUGACAACCCAAAGGCUCUUUUAAGAGCCACUCACAGCAUCUGUGAAAGGAGCUAACCGCUCCCGUCUGUCUGAUUGAAUUACCUUUAACUGAUAUCGGUGUCAGUCCCUGCCUUGCUUGACACUACUGUUACUGUGUGAGAUCUAAUAUAAAACCUUUCCUCGACCGUUCACCGUUAGAGCCAUAGCACAAGGAGCGUGAAAAGUUUAUCAUGCAAUAUUGAUACAACAUAAUUUUAAGUGCUCGGAGUACAUUAUUUUUAUUGCUUGUAGAUGUUUUGGUCCCCUGUCUUUAAUUAUCGUCUUAUAAAUGAAUCACUCAGUCCCUGUACUUUCCGUUAUCUUGAAUUGCAUUUAGGAAGAGCUGAAUUGCCCACUGCCACGAGUAAGUUUAUAAUGAGGGAGGAUCAAAAUGAUCAGGUUGUAUGCGAUUGUUAUCAGCAAAUUUAUAAAAUACUGCUUUAUGUUAAAAAUUCAGUGUGUCAUGAUCUCCUUUCAGGGCUGGUUUCUGGAGAGGAUCCUUUGUCCCUGCAUUAACUGAGUUUUGCAUGAAUAAACCUCCACUUGCCUGAGUUUUGCCUGCCUGCUGAGUUUGCAUUCCUUUUCGGGGGGAAAAGGCUCCGAAAACAACAAUUACCUCUUUCAUCUUUAAGGUGCCCUACUCUCUUUCUCUCCCUCAUUGUUAACUUGCUUUGAAUGAUCUUGUAGAAGCUCAUUGAAUUAUGCUUAACCUUACCUGGCAAGACUAUCUGGUAUCCCCCUCUUUGAUUUCCUAAUCUCCCUCUCAAG